AUGGAGUCAAUGAAGGCUAAACUCGUCAUGUCCAAGGAGGAAGUCGAAGCAUUCUGGAAUGAUCCUGACUGCGAUACUACAGGUGUUAAAGGUCUCGUAAAACUUCUUUCAGAAACCUUAAACCUAUGCAUUCAAAACGCUAUCACAAAGAUCACUAAAAAAGGGUUCACUGAGGAAGCUGCUGAACAUGCGAUUUUAAGAUGUGGUCCUUUCACUCCUGUCCAUUACUCCGAAAACAACCUGGAGUCAAACAUUGUUGAAUGUGCUUUACUUUCUCUUAAAAGUAACAACAAGAAAUACAAUGAUUCAGCGGAUUAUACGUUUCAAGAAUUAAACGAAUUGGUGGAUUUCAUGGUUUUGGAGAUGGUGACUACGCUUAGAGAUAUGAAACCGAAUCUAUCUGUUAGCGAAGCAAUUUGGUGUCUUUUGAUGUGCGAUUUGAAUGUGUCAAAAGCAAGUGUUAUGGAAAGAGACCUUCAACAAUUGGGUACAUCUGCAGAACCCGAAACUGAAUCCGGAUCUAAAUCUGAACCUAAAAAUCAAGAAACCAUAGCCUCAAAUGUUAAAAGACCACCCCCUCAAAGCUCAAAAUCUGGGAAAAAAACGGUUGACAUAUGCACUUGUAGAAACUGGUGCGCAGUGGCUAAACACAAACGAGACGCUACCCUUCGAGCGAAAGCUGCUUUACUUCUAGAAAAGCCAUGUAAGGGACGACGUACUAGAAAAGGCUUGAAGAAGCAAGUUUUUAGCUUGAAAGAGUUGUCAUUGGUCAACAAACAAUCACCAUCUUCUUCUUCUUCUUCUUCUUCUUCUUCUUCUUCUGAACAAAACAAGAACACAUCUUUGCCAUUAAAGGAAACCGAAGAGAAACCAAAAGGAACACCGAAGGCUGAACAACCGAAAACCCUAGAUUACUAUUUGAAAAACAUUCCCUGUGAUGAAAAGGGUGAGUAUGUGCCUCGAGAUGACAAGGAUAGACUGAGAUUAGAGGCAGUUGCUCAAAUUGAGGUGUUGCAGAAAGAGCUUCAACGCUGGGAUGAUUGGGCGACCUCGAAGGUUAUGGAGGUCACCAAUCGGCUGAACCAGCAUCGAUCGGAGGUCAAUAUGUUGAAGGCGGAAAUGAAAGAUAAUGAAGCCAUGGAUGAGAACACAGCUAAGAGACGAUUGGAAACGACGCUUGCUCUGAAUACUAGAAAUAGCGAGCUUAAUGUGGCUAAUUCCACCAUUGUUAAGCUCAAGGCUGAACAAUCUGUUAUCAAAGAGGAGAUGGAAAGGGAAAGAAAUCGAAGCAUCUUUGAAGCUAAAAGAUUGGAAGAAGCGCUGAUCAAAGAGGAAGAAGCUCGGAAAAAGUCUCAGUCGAGUUUUGGGUCUGAAAAGACUUCAUUGGAAGAAGAGCUUAAAGUGUUAAAACGUCAGGUGGGUCAAAAGCAACGGGAACUAGAAAAGGCCAAAUGUCUCCUCUCAGAAACCCUGAUUAGGGUCGCGAAUGAGGAAAGGGAGACUGCUAAAGUUGCUAACAAGGCUGAAUGUAUGAAGAACGAAAGAGAACGUAUUGAAGCUUUGGCUAUGGCAGAAUAUGAGAAAAUGAAAGGGAAGGCGGAGGAAGAGUUUAUAAAGAAUGAGACUGAAAACAAGAGGAUUGAGUAUGAGAUAUCCUUGUUGAAGUUAGAGGCUGAAAGUAAGAGGAUUGCUGAAAUGUAUAUGAGUAUGAAUAUGAACAUGGACUCUUCAAAAGGGUUAGAGGGUUUCAGAAAUAUGAGUAAGAAGAAAAAGAAGAAGAAGAAGAAGAAGAUGAUGAUGAAGAAGAAGGAUAGGGAAUGUGUGAUGUGUUUGAAUGAAGAGAUGACUGUUGUUUUUGUUCCUUGUGGUCAUGAAGUUCUUUGUAAAGCAUGCAAUGUGAAGCAUGAGGAGAGGAUGAAUGAGUGUCCCUCUUGCAGGACUCCGAUCCAGAAGAGGAUUAAUGCUCGGUUUGCUAAAUCUUGA